CUCUCUCUCUCCUCCCUCCUCCUACUCCCAGCUCCUCUCUGUGAGCUCGAGCCACUCUUCCCUUUUGAGCAUUCACUAGUUCUCCUCCCGAAACCUGCGCGAGGCGGCCACUGAAGCGCGAGGCGACUUCCCCCCUCUCCCCUUGACUCCAGUCAACAUGGCUACAGUUGUAACCUCGACCAGAUUCACAGACGAAUAUCAGCUGUACGAGGAACUCGGAAAGGGUGCCUUCUCCAUCGUUCGUCGAUGUAUCAAGAAGUCCACCGGCCAGGAGUAUGCCGCAAAAAUUAUCAACACAAAAAAGCUCUCGGCCAGAGAUCACCAGAAAUUGGAGCGGGAGGCGAGGAUCUGUCGCCUGCUGAAACAUCCGAACAUAGUACGACUGCAUGACAGCAUCGCAGAGGAAGGCUUCCAUUACCUUGUCUUUGACCUAGUCACUGGAGGCGAGCUGUUUGAGGACAUUGUCGCCAGAGAGUACUACAGUGAAGCAGAUGCCAGCCACUGCAUUAAUCAGAUCCUGGAGAGCGUCAGCCACAUCCACCAGCACGAUAUUGUCCACAGGGACCUCAAGCCAGAAAAUUUGCUCCUGGCCAGUAAGAUGAAGGGAGCGGCGGUGAAGCUUGCAGAUUUUGGCCUCGCUAUUGAGGUUCAAGGGGAACAGCAGGCGUGGUUUGGUUUUGCAGGAACUCCGGGGUAUCUGUCCCCAGAGGUGUUGAGAAAGGACCCAUAUGGCAAGCCAGUGGACAUAUGGGCAUGUGGUGUGAUCCUGUAUAUCUUGCUGGUGGGCUACCCUCCAUUCUGGGAUGAGGACCAACACAAACUCUACCAACAAAUUAAGGCUGGUGCUUAUGAUUUUCCUUCUCCUGAAUGGGACACAGUGACCCCUGAGGCCAAGAAUUUGAUCAAUCAAAUGUUAACGAUUAACCCCGCCAAAAGAAUCACUGCCGACCAGGCCCUCAAGCAUCCCUGGGUCUGCCAACGAUCCACUGUGGCCUCCAUGAUGCACCGUCAAGAGACUGUGGAAUGUCUGCGCAAGUUCAAUGCCAGAAGGAAGCUUAAAGGAGCUAUCCUCACUACGAUGCUCGUGUCCAGGAACUUUUCAGUGGGACGGCAGCACACCAGUCCUGCCGCUACCACCAGCACAGCCGCAAUGGCUCAGGAAGCGUGUAAAACCUUACUAAACAAAAAGUCGGACGGUGUGAAGUCGCAGGGAAACAACAGUAAAAACAGUGUAGUAAGCAGCAGCAGCACCAAAGACAGCAGCAUGUCAUCUUCAGCACCAAUGGAAGCCCAGACAACUGUUGUACACAACCCAGCAGACGGCACCAAGGGCUCCACUGAGAGCUGUAAUAACAUUGAAGAGGAGGAGAUGAAAGGUAGGAAAGCGGCCACCAGUGACUCUACCAGUACAGACAGUGCAGGGUUAACACAGUCCAGCACUAUUGAGGAGCAGGCGCAGACCCCGUCUCCUCAGUGCCCACCGCUCACCUCUGGUCCCCUGCAGGAGGCUGUUAGCAGCCCCAGUGUUCCUGUAGCUCAGCCCAGCCCAGCUCAGAGCUCGUGUCCUGCACCAGAGUUCACUCUUUCACCCCCCACAGGCAGCAGCAACCUGCAGCAGACUCGUAAACAGGAGAUAAUAAAGAUGACUGAACAGCUGAUUGAAGCCAUCAACAAUGGCGAUUUUGAGGCUUACACGAGAAUCUGUGAUCCAGGACUAACUUCUUUUGAACCGGAGGCCCUUGGAAACUUGGUCGAGGGAAUGGACUUUCACAAGUUCUACUUUGAGAAUCUUCUGAGUAAAAACAGCAAACCGGUGCACACCACCAUCCUCAACCCCCACGUCCAUCUGAUCGGCGAGGAUGCCGCCUGCAUCGCCUACAUUCGUCUGACGCAGUACAUAGACGGUCAGGGACGGCCGCGUUCCUGCCAGUCUGAGGAGACUCGUGUGUGGCAUCGCCGUGACGCCAAAUGGCUCAAUGUGCACUUCCACUGCUCAGGGGCGCCAGCGGCACCCCUGCAGUGAACUGAGAACUCAGGCCCAGCUUUGCCUGAAGUCUAAAGCUAUUGGGAGCAUUUAUUCUCCGUGGUCGGAGCGGUGUCUGGAUCCUGCCCAGGAAGAGGCUGCUUGGAAAACACCAAUGUGGGAAACAUACCUUACAAUUUAAAAAGAAAAAGAAAAAAAGCCACAAACCAAAAAACAAUAAAAAUUCAAAGAAAAAAAAAAGCAUAUCUUAAAAGCUCGACUGAAUGACCGACCACACCGACCAACACCAAUCCAGUCCAACCCUAGCUAGAUGAUGUUGGGGCCCAGCUGAUGUCAGCCCCUUUUUGCAGAUGGUGCAUGCUUCUGGUGGCAACACAGGGGUGAUGCUGUCCCGAUCCUUUUCUCCCAUGGCCUUCAUUUCCCCACUCUUUGUUCGUCUGCCACGUGGAAAAGUAUUAACAUGUUCAAAAUUAUGUAUAACAAAUGAAAAAUAAGUACACUUCGCACAGAGACCGGGGCAGCGAGGACGUCUGGGGAAAAAGUGAUUUCUGUUCAGAGCGUCUGUUUGAAUCCAGUCGUUUUAGAGUUGUAAGGUAUUUGUGGGUGGGGUUUAUGGGAACGGGAGCAACUAAUAUUAGAAUUUAACACCAGAUUUAAGCGUCAGAUUUGAGUAUCUGCACACGAUGUUUUAAGGGGGUUCAGGUGUUACUGAAGGGACCUUUAUUUUUAUUUUGUCUUUUUGUAAUAUGUAUUCUGAAAAACGUUUUAUCUCCUGAAUGAGGGAUACUGUUUUAAAGUAUUUUGUGUUGGAAAAAAUAAUCAUUUUUAAUCAAGAGGGUUUUUAUUUAACAGAAUUGUGUAUAAAUGGAUAUUUAUAUAGGACAAAAGGGGGUGGAGGGAGGCAUGAUUUACUUCUGAGGUGUAGGUAGGGGAGCUGAAGAUGAGUGUGAUGGUGUUUUCGGCUUUUUUUUUUUCUCGUUUUAUUUGGUCCCGUGUUGUAAAUACAAACAUAUUCACAUGCAACAUGCACGCGCGCACACACACACACACACACACAAAGUCCCUGUGCUCCAGCCUUUGAGGUGGAGCCUCUCCUGAGCUUUAGACACGGCAUCCAGGCCAGCUCAUCCUGAAGUUGCAGAAGGCCUCCAUCUGUCUGCCCUGCACUAUGUGCAUUGGAACACUAGGCAGCGCCAUUGGUCAAAGUCUAAAGCUCCUCACGUCUCUAAACUACCUGGUCUGAAAGCAUGGAUGCUCUCAAUCUAACUCUUUAGUUUCGUUUUGUUUGUGUCUGUGUGUAUGUGUGUGUGUGUAUUUGAUGUGAAGCAUGAUUUAUCUUAACUCUCUGAUGGCCUGUACUGUUUUUGCACAGACACUUAAGACUCGAUGCUGUUGUGGUCGCUCUUCUGAGGGAGUGAACCUUUCUGCAACUUCAGGUUAUGCUUGCCAAAAUCCUUCCCUCUCACCCUACCUCUGCCACUCUACUUUCAUCAUUCCUUCCCUUUUACAAUCUCCACAUUUGUCGUGACCUUCGCUAACCAGUUCGUACUACCAUCUUAGUAGCACCACGACGUGUGAUGAUGAUGAUGUCACCCUUAUGCCUGUCUCUUGUUCUGAUUGUGUUCUUGAAAUAAUUUGUAUAUUGUCAGUCUUGGCUUGCUGUACUUCUGUGUGAAGUCCUGGCAUUAUUU